AUGGAGUAUACUACAUAUUCUUAUGUGAGAGGUUCAAGAUUAGAGUCAACAGUGAAGAUUAUUCCAGAUGGUGUUAUGUUUUAUUUGAGAACAGCUUUUUCCGUCGUACUGACUAUUCUAGUUGCUACAGUUGGAAUUAUAGCAAAUAUUGUUAACAUCAUUGUGUACCACAAGCUAGGGUUCCGAGACAGUGUGAAUAUCACUUUUAUGGCCCUGUCUGUUUGGGAUCUAUCUUUAUGUCUUUCAUGUGAAAUCAUUGCUGUCUUUUAUUUAGUCGAUGCGUAUUUUCCAUUACCAUAUUUCAACACUCUCCCAAUUAGAUUUGUUUAUAUUGCACAUAUUACAGCAUUGACGAACAUUCUGUCAACAAUUGUCACCGGGUUUCUCUCACUAGAGAGGUGUGUUUGUAUUGUGUUUCCUUUGAAAGUCAAAGAAAUUUUGACUACGCGUCGAGUUAUCCUGGUAAACUUGACUAUUGUUAUGUUUGGAGUGGCUGCCAUCUGCCCAGCCUGGGCAACACAAGCAACACAAUGGGUUUUUAAUCCAGCAGACAACAGAACUCGGCUAGUUCUAUGGCUGUCUGCCAACAGACAUGAAAUUGACGUAUUUGUGGAUACAUUUAAUGGUAUGAUGAUUCCAAUGGUAGCACAAGUGCUAAUCACCAUAAGCAGCGGGUUCAUGAUUCACGGCAUCAACAAGUCAUCCCAGUUAAGAAAGAGAUCUUCCAAUUAUGGGAGUUUAGGAGACACAUACAAUCCCCAGAGUAAAUCAUUGUCCAAAGUUGCAGGAUCACACCGACUCAGUAAAAGAAAAACGAUGACUAGUAAAGACGUCAAACUCACAAAGGUGGUAGUUUCACUGACAAUACUAUUUUUUACUUGCAAUUUUCCGGCGAUUGUGAAUAUUUUUGUUCGACUGUUGUUUCCAGAAGUUAAUGUAGGAAAACAGCAGCACAAUGUGUACGAAUUUCUCUUUGUGCUGGUUUAUCUGUGUAGUUUGGUCAAAUCUACAGUCAAUAUUGUUGUGUAUGUUUACGCCAGUAGUAGAUAUAGGCGUGAGCUUUUGAUUUUAUUUGGUCGAAUGUGA